UGCGCUUUUUAAAUAAAGUCGCAAUGGAUACAAGCGCGACUCGACCUGUUGGAAGCCGCGAUGAACAGCUGAUCCUGCCGCAGUGGAUAACCCCGAUCAUCAUGGUCACCGCCGAUUCCUGACUUCUCAUAUCCCACGCGCGGCACUAUAUGAUUAGUUAUUGGGGAAGUAGACAAUAAGGGGAAGUAGCUAAAAGGAAAGUAGAAUUGGAGAGAGUGAAGGAGUGCUGUACUUUUUUUUUGGAGAGGGGUUAUUUCUUUUGGACCUGUUGCUCAUCAGUGUGACAGACGGACACCCAGAGACUACCUGCCGCCUCCCGCUCUGCGCUCACCGACCAUCAAUUAUGUUAUUGCCGAGUUUGCUUCUUUUCACCUCUUCUCACUUUUUGGCGCCUCUGUUUCUCUGCUACCUGCCGCAAGUCUCCGCACAGAAGCCGGGUUCACGGUGGCUGAUCGGAGACCGAGACAGUCACUGUGGGGUCAUCUGCCCGCGGGCGCAGGGGAAGCCGGUGUGCGGCUCGGAUGGGCGGAGCUACGAGACCGGCUGUGAACUGCAGAGGGCGCGCUGCAAAGAUAAGGCCCUGGCACUGGCACACCGCGGCCGGUGUCGAGGUAAAAACUGGGUGAAAAUCGAUCAGUUGCCGGUGGCUCCAGCACCAACAUCCACAUCUGAGGCGAGAGACCUGGAGCUCAAAGAUGCAGGGCAGUCCAAGUGUCGCGUCGAGAGGAACCAGGCUCUGGAGCAAGGCAGGAGACCUCAGGACACCAUGUUCAUCCCAGAAUGCAACGAGGAUGGAACAUUUGCGCAGGUCCAGUGCCAUACUUUGACAGGUUACUGCUGGUGUGUCACCAGUGACGGCAAGCCAGUGAGUGGCUCCUCUGUGCACAACAGGACCCCGGUGUGUUCAGGGUCAGUAACCGAUAGACCACCCGGGCCACCGAACUCUGGUAGAAAAGUCUCUUUCCGUUUCUUUCUCACCCUCAACCCAGACGAUGGCUCCAAGCCCACACCCACCAUGGAGACUCACGUCCCCCCUGAGGGUGAUGAGAUAACUGCUCCAACGCUGUGGAUUAAACAGCUUGUUUGUAAGGAGAAUAAGCAGAACAGCUCCGCUUCCAGGAAGCAAGAGAAAGUUCCCUCUUGUGACCAGGAGCGACAGAGCACACUGGACGAGGCUCGGCAGAAUCCUCGCGAGGCCAUUUUCAUCCCUGACUGUGGGCCUGGAGGCCUUUACAAACCAGUCCAGUGCCACCAGUCCACAGGCUACUGCUGGUGUGUUCUGGUGGACACGGGACGACCCAUUCCUGGAACAUCCACCAGGUACCAGACCCCGGAGUGUGACGGCGCCGCACGAUCUCGCAUCUCAGAUACUGAAGAUCCUUUCCAAGGCAGAGAGCUGACAGGCUGCCCAGAGGGGAAGAAAGUGGAAUUCAUUACAAGCUUGUUAGAUGCCCUCACCACAGACAUGGUGCAAGCCAUAAACUCACCAGCCCCCUCUGGUGGUGGGAGGUUUGUUGAGCCUGAUCCCAGUCACACUUUAGAGGAGAGGGUGGUGCACUGGUACUUCGCCCAGCUGGAUAACAACAGCAGCCACGACAUCAACAAGAAGGAACUCAAGCCGUUUAAGAGGUACCUGAAGAAGAAAGCCAAACCCAAGAAAUGUGCCCGCAAGUUCACCGACUACUGCGACCUGAAUAAGGACAGGUCCAUUUCCCUGCAGGAGCUGAAAGGCUGCCUGGGAGUCAGCAAGGAGGGUAGCUCAACAACAAUUGGCAACCAAGGGACAAGGCAAGGGACAAAAUUGUUCAUAGGUCGUCUGGUGUGAGAAGAGAAGGAUCCAGAAGCUGAGACGAGAGCAGAGGGCACAGAGGGAAGGCAUCUGUACGCUUGCUGACAGGAAAGAGAAAGAUGGAGCAGAAAAAUUUAGAAGUUCCGGAGUUUCAAAAAAGUGAACAGAAAAACAAGAAAACGAAGCGGCGCCAAAAUAUUUGCACUUUCUCCUCCCUAUGUUUGACAUGUUUGUAUGUUUUUUUUUUUUUUUCUCUUGAAGUGACUGAAAAGGUCUAGGUAAGAAUGAGAAUAUAUUUGUAAAAAAAAAAAGAUGACAGGCUCACCACUGGAAGAUGUUACCACAUUUCCCCCUUGUGUUUUAGUCUGCUGUUAUUCGUUCUGUCCUCACAUAACAGGAACAGCCAGUAACACACAUUUUGUGACUAUUAAAUUAAACUUAGAUGUCCCUUGUUACAUAUAGGAGCACACAGGCCAGUGGCAUCUCACUAAAGAGGAUCUUACAGUGAGUCACAUUCAGCUCAAAUGUUGCUCGAUACUCAAAAAGGAGGAGCUACGGCAAUGUAGACCAAUUUAAACGAAUGUGUAAUGUAUGUGGGCAUGCAAUUUAAAAGUGAAAUGGCAUGUAUUAGAAUUGAACUGUGACCAUGAAGUCAAAUUUACCAGCACAGAAUUAGCUGUAUGAAUCCCUUGCACUGUACUGAACUUUCUAGAUACAUUAGCAUUUUGGCUUAAGAAUCAGAUCCUUCUGAAAUGUCUCAGAUGUAUUACGUCUGUUUUUUGUUCAGUAUGUACCAGUGUUGGGGAAAGCUUGCUGAAAGUAAUUACUUGCUUAACACACAGUUGCCUAAAAGGUGUACUUUUUGUGCUACCAAAACCAAUGCAAGACCAUUAUGUUGUAUGUUGUUUUCAGCAUGUUGUCUGCACGAGAUGACUUGAGGUGUGUGGACAUAAAACAAAAUUAGUAAAAAAAACAAAAACACAUUUAAAAACUCAAAUAGAAACAGAUUGUGAGAAUUCUGCAAAACAUUUGUAGCAGCUGUCCAUAAUAACAAAGGUGAUAUGAGUAAUUUAAAGUCAUGCAUUCCACCUCCCCACCCAACACUGGUACAGUACAUACACAGUCUUAGCCGUAUACUAACUUAGCAAACAGCUGGUAAAAUAUUUACACAUGCAUGUGGCAGUAUGGACAUAUUAAAGCUGUAUUAAUGAAUUGUUGAGACACACAACCCUCAACUAGUAUUGCCUCAUCAAGUUGUUAUGGCUAACACAGCAAAAUGAUAAUUCCAAAUCUAAUGCUCACUCUCCUUUUAGCUCCAUUUUGGUCUCCACCACCUCCUGAGGAAAAUAUCUGGUUCUUUAGCUGAUAAACACUCCACUGUGUUCAUUAGCUAGUUGCUAACGUUGUCUGUUUGGUGUUUGGUGCUAAGCAGGUAGAAUAUAGUCGGAUUAUCAUGGUUUAUUUGCUGCAGACGGCUUGAUGAGAGUGCUGGGACCAAACUAUUUAGUAAAUGUGCCAUAAAAAAAGAGUUCCAAGAAACUAAAACAAAGGCGGCUGAGCUGGGUGUUAAUGCUCUGAGGGUUUGUCUGUACGAGAGACCCCUUUCCCAAUCCAUUAGAUUUAAUGUUGAUAUAUAAAAACAGAUUGAUUAAUGCAGCUUUAAGUCCAAUCCACAAUGAAGGCCAUUGGUUUACACAUAUCUUGUGUCACUCUGUUGUUCUACGUGUAAUUAUAUGUCAAGGUACAAGUCAGUGUGGCUGAUUUCAUUACUCUACUUUAAGUGAAUGUUAGGAUUCAUUUUCUACACAGUCAAACAUGAAAAACAGCUUAAGAGUAUCUCCAGUGUGUUAAUGGUAAAUUCCGCAUGUUUAUUUUUCUCAAAGUGUUGGGUUCAUCGGGCUCAACUGGCUACUUUUACAAAUUGCAAUAACAACAAAUCUCACGAAGACCCCCUGGUGGGGAUUUUAUUUUUCCAAAACAAGAUUACAGUCCACAGAAUGACUUAAAUAUUUUUAUUAGUACCAGGAAAAAAAAAGGUGGCACAGAUGACUAAACCCAACCAGUAAAUGGAGUAAGAUGUUUACAUGACUCACUAUCCCGGUAAUAUCAGCUAAUUUCAGCUGUCAUAUUUACGUUUAUCCCAGUUAUUGUAAAUGAGAUGUGGCAUUUACAAAUGCCUGUUCCUAAAAUAAAUAAUUGAGUCUCCCCACUUA